AUGAAAUCAAGAGUAUGGUCAGAAUCUCGUGUAUAUGGGGAUGCGAAUAAACAACGGGACAAGGCGUAUUGGGAUUAUGAGAACAGUAUUAUAGAUUGGUCCAGUAAUAACCAAGAUUUUGAGAUUGAGAAUAAAGUAGGAAGGGGGAAAUAUUCAGAAGUGUUUAGAGGGGUGCGACUUUCCGACCGGAGUAGUAUAAUCAUCAAGAUGUUGAAACCUGUGAAGAAGAAGAAGAUCAAGAGAGAGAUCAAGAUCUUGUUGAAUCUUUCGAAAGAACGGGACCCACCUACGCUAAGGGAGUUUAAUAAAGAGGAGUAUUAUACGAAUAAGAAGGAAGUUGUGAAUGCGUUUAAACGUGAAUACCUAUAUGACAAGCCACAUGACGGACAUUCGAAGAUUAUCCAAUUAUUCGAAGUGGUGAAAGACCCUAUAUCACGCACGCCUGCGCUUGUUUUUGAACAUGUAAAUAAUGUUGACUUCCGAAUCUUGUACCCCAAGUUUAACCACGUUGAUAUCAAGUAUUAUAUGUUUGAAUUGUUAAAAGCGUUGGAUUAUUGCCAUUCGAUGGGGAUCAUGCAUCGAGAUGUGAAGCCUCAUAAUGUGAUGAUUGAUUAUAAACAGAAGAAAUUGAGAUUGAUUGAUUGGGGGUUGGCGGAGUUUUAUCAUUUAAAUAUGGAAUACAAUGUGAGGGUGGCGUCUCGAUUUUUCAAAGGUCCGGAAUUGUUGGUUGAUUAUCGGAUGUAUGAUUAUUCGUUGGAUCUUUGGUCAUUUGGCACGAUGCUUGCGUCGAUGAUAUUUCAGAAAGAGCCGUUUUUCCAUGGGAGUAGUAAUACGGACCAAUUGGUCAAGAUUGUACGAGUGUUGGGGAGUGAAGAUUUCGAGAGGUAUUUGAACAAGUACCAGAUUGUGUUGCCCAAGGAGUUUCAUGAUAUGGAUCAGUAUAUUAGAAGACCAUGGCAUCGGUUUAUCAACGAUUCGAAUAAGCAUUUGAGUAACGAUGUGGAUGUGAUUGAUAUCAUUGAUAAUCUGUUGAGGUAUGAUCAUCAAGAGAGGUUGACAGCCAGGGAGGCGAUGGGCCAUGCUUAUUUCGAGGAGAUUCGGAAUAACGAGUAUACGUUGCAGGAGAUUGAAUUGUAA